AGGUUGUUAAGGUUCAAAUGAAACCCUUGUUAAAUCACAGCCUAAGAUGUUUCAAGAAACAAUAAGAUCUAAUUUGUUGUAUGUGCGUCAGAAAAUUUCAAACACAUUAUCAACUGCAAAGGAAAAGGUUAAUAAAAAGACUACAAAAAAUGAUGCCAUAGAUCUUACGGAAUUUGCAUAUUUAAAGAACACAGAUCUCAAACAAAUGGAAUACCGAGAACAAAGAGAUAAGACAAGGUGUCAGAAAGAAAAAGAGUACUCAAAAUCAGAAUUGUUAGACUCGCAGCAAGAACUUAUCAACGUGUUACUUAGUAGUCGUAUAGAGAUAGCGGCAAAAGGGAAGUGGAUGAAUUCUGCUGAUUUAACAGAGCCAAAGCAUCUAGCAACCGAAAUUCAGACAAUAUUCAAGAAUGAAUGGAGAGACACCAAAAGAUCAUUGAUUGCUAAUUUGUAUAAUGACAAUAGAAGUGCGACUCUGCCUACAUCUUCUUUGACGGAAAUUGAUGUUAUCAAAUGGUUAAGCUACAUCCUGCAGGAAUGCUAUACAUUUUGUGAGACAAAGGCAAACUUACCAAUAUCACAGUUUUUGGCAGCAUUCAGCACAAAUACAAAGCUGGAGUUUGGUAUGAUUAAGUGUUCAGAUGUUGAAAGAUACUACUUUUUAAAGAUGCGAAAAAUUGUCGGAAUGCGCAGCGAUGUAAUGGAAGGCAUUGUUCAGGAAUUUUGGUCAAAGUGCGUAUCUGACGAAGAACAAAGAAACUGUAAUGUUGUUAUCGUAUCAGACAAAAGCGAAGAGAAAAUAUCUGGCACUUUAGAAAGUGAUAUUGAUCAUAGCAAGGAGGGAGGAAGCGGCAAUAAAGACGAAAUAUCUGACAUCGCAGACAACGUGCCUGACCCAAGCACACCACAGAGAGGUAGUCAGAGAGGUAGUUACAAAGAUGGCAAAAUAGCUCAAACUGCAAUUAUCGAAACUGAAACUAGCAAACAGAAAGAAAGCGGCAAAGACGGCAAGAUAUCUUGCACAGCAGAUAUUGAUACUGACCAUUGCAAACAGGAAGGCAGUUACAAACAAAUCAAAAUAUCUGUCUCUGCAGAAAGUGAUAUUGACCCCAGCAAGGAGGAAGGGAGCGGCAAAAAAGGCAAAAUACCUGGCACUGCAGAAAGCAAUGCUAAACCAAGCGAGGGUGAAGGAAGCGAAAAUAAAGACUUGAUAUCUGACAUUGCAGAAAGCCUAACUGUCCGUAGCACACAGGGAAGUGAAGACAAAGAAAGCAAAAUGUCUGACUCUGCAGAUAAUGCUGCUGACACUAGUAAACGCGAAGGAGGAGUCAAAGAAUGCAAAAUAUCUGACAUUGCACAGAAUAUUAUUGAGCCUAAGACAAUGGAAGGAGGCGCCAAAGAAGGCAAAAUAUCUGACACAGUAGAUAUCAUAUCUAACCCCAACAAGAAGGAAGGGAGCGACAAAAAAGGCAAAUUAUCUGGCAAUGCAGAAAGCGAAACUGACUGUAGAAAGCAGGAAGGUAGCGACAAAGAUAGCAACAAACUAAGCACUGCAGAAACCGGUACGAACCCUUGCAAGAAGGACGGAAGUGGCAAAGAAAGCAGAAUUUCUAACAUUAUAGAUAGCAAAACUGACCCUGGCAAACAGAAAGAGGUCGGUAAAGAUGCCAAAAUAUAUGGCACUGCAGAUAGCGUAUUUAUCCCUUGCAAACAGGAAGGUAGAGACAAAGAAGUCAGAAUACCUGCCACUGCAGAAAGUGAAAUUGAUCCCAGCAAGAAAGAAGGGAGCGGCAAAGAAAGCAAAAUACCUGCAGAAAACGAUGAUGAACCUAGCACAGGGGAAGAAAACGACAAUAAAGAAGAGGUAUCUGACAUUGUAGAUAGCUUUACUAUCCCUAGCACACAAGGAGGUUGCGACAUAGAAGGUAUAUCUGGCUCUGCAGGUAACGUUGCUGACCCUAGUAAACGAGAAGACGGAAAAGAAGGCAAAAUAUCUGACAUUGCAAAGAAUGUAACUGAGCCUAGCAAAAUGGAAGGAGGCUGCAAUGAAGGCAAAAUAUUUGACACUGCAGAUAUCGUGUCUGACCCUAGUAAUCAGGAUGAGAGCGACAAAGAAGACAAAUUUACUGGCACUGCAGAAAGCAAUAUUGACUGUAAAAACCAGGAAGGUAAUGACAAAGAAGGUAACAUACCUAGCACUGCAGAAAGCGAUACAGACCCUAGCAAGGAGGUCCGAUGUGGCGAAGAAGGCAGAAUACCUGACACUGCAGAUAUCGUAUCUGGCCCUAGCAAACAGAAAGGAAACGGCAAUGAAGGCAGAAUAUCUGACAUUGUAGAAAACGUUACUGACACUAGCAAAGAGAAAGAGAGCGACAUAAACGGGAAAAUGCCUGGCACUGUAGAUAUCGUAACUGCCCUUUCCAAACAGAAAGGAAGCGGCAAUGUAGGCAGAAUAUCUGACAUUAAAGAUAGGUUAACUGAUCAUUGCAAAGAGAAAGAGAGCGACAAAGAGGGCAAAAUAUCAGGCACUGCAGAUAGCGUACUUGACUCUAGCAAACAGGAAGGUAGAGACAAAGAAUUCAAAAUAUCUUGCACGGUAGAGAAAGUAACUGACCUUACCAAUCAGAAAGUAUGUGGAAAAGAAGGCAAAAUAUCUGACACUGCAGAAAGCUAUACAAGUAACGACGAAGUAGGUGCGGAACCCUGCAAAUCUGCUAUCUGUACUGAUACUAAUGAAAUCAUUUGUAAUUACAUAAUGCAAUUAGACAGUAAUGACACAUGUUUGAAACAUUUCCGGAAGUAUGUUACUGUGUGCAUAAACACUUGCUGGAAAGCAGUAAUAAGUGAUCCACCUGUACAGCUGAAGUUCAAUUUUACUGGUAAAAGCUUCGAAUAUGUCUAUGAAAAGUAUGGACUUAAAACAUACACUUUCAAUAAGCCUUAUCGAGACACAAGCAAGGAACAUAAUGAAAUUGUAUUGGUUGUGUGGCCGCCUUGUAUAAUCUAUGAACAUGACAGCCAUGAAGAAAACGUUUUGGCGGCUGAAAAUGCUCGUGUCGUCGUCAAUAAUUUAAAUUAGUGCUAAAAUCAUUUGAACGUAGCAAAACUAUUUAAUAUUCGUUUGGGUAACCUUUAGAAUAUUGACAACUGAGCAACUUAUAUGUAGAACAGGACACAACUCGAAUGACGUAUCAAAACGAUGGCAAAACAUAGGAAAUUCACAUGUGUUCUUUAGACCUCGAUCUGCUAUUUUUGUCAAGCAGUAAUAUAUAUAAUUAGGUAAUUAUAACGUAAUAAUUAUGCAACUGCCAGGACAAAACAAAUAUUAUUAGGCGAUUUAACAUUCUUCUGUACAAUCCGGAGAUAUAUUUGGACCAGUACCAAGCUGAGAAAACCAUCUUGGACGAGCCGCCAGGCGAGUCCAAUACGGUUUUCCCAGCUGGGUACUUUAUCGUAUGUUUAACAUGGGAUUGUUGAACCGUCCAAAUAGGAAAAUACAGUUUUGUUUGUACGAACGUGAGUCCAGUGCGGUAAUAUAUUGUAUGGUCACGGGUUGCAAAUAAACGUUCACGAUUACUAGAUAAAUGAAAUAGAUAUAGAAUAAAAUUACUUAUCAAAUAAAGAAAAUAUUGCAAACAAUUUAAUAAUUUUAUAUACCUUACAGUAAGAUGUAUCAAUUGUAUGAGAAAUGGAUAUAUUUUAUUAUGUAAAUGUACAUAAAAUUCAAAGACACCCACCAAGAUUGAUAACAAACAACAAAUAAUUAGGAUGAAUAAAUGUAGUCCCGUUGUAUCCCUUAAGGUACGUUUCCGUAAUUGGGAUAUCACUACAGUGAUAUUUUGGGCAUUUGCUGGGUUUUGAAUUCGGAUUCUUAGCGCCACAGCGCUGAGAUAAUAUUGUAGAGCUACAUAAUUACUAUCCUCUAUCGUAUUUUGUAUUUUCCAUAGGAUCUACAGUUUUGUCUCAUUGACAAAACAAAAUGAGUCACAUGUAUCUAAUUUCCGUAUUACCACUCCAAACGAAAUACUACGUUUCGUGACAAUAUUUUGAAUAUUUAUCGUCAUUUUCCGAAUGGAUGAUCUGACGAGAUUAAGACAGAAAAUAUAGAUGAAAUUCAAUAAUAUCAUCUCAUGUUAUAUUCCAUUAACAGUGGUAGAGAGUUUGUGAUAACAUCAAAUUACAGGUUUUUUUAUAGGUCGUGUUUAUAAACACAAAUGUGUGAUCACUUUCAUUUGUUUGACCUUUUUUACUAUUACGAUAAUGGCGUCUUUAGUUUGACAACAAAAUCCAGUUAUCGAAUUUUCACUAUACCUUCUCUGUAAACCGAACUGAAGAUAUACAAUCAAAAAUAAGAGUCAAAAGAUUUGGAAUUAAGAGGAAAAGAACGAACAGCAUAUUUGGAACAGUUAUGAGGAUAAAACUUCUCGCACGCCGUUGAAUGCAUUGUCAGAGACUCAAACACAGUUUUAAUGUUACUAGUAUUAGAUCCAUCGGAAGCACCGAGAGCAAUGCAAAGAGUGAAAAUUGCAGACUCUGAAAUAGUAAAAACUAUGUAAUAAAAUACUAAAUGGAUAAGCUGUGAUCCUGUGAUCAGUUUAAAAUUUAUAUUUUUUUUACAAAAUAAUUGUUAUAUUUCAAAUUAAGAAACUAAGGCAUAACAUAUGCCAUACAAUUAGAUGCAUUAGUUUAUUCUGAUAUAUUUUAGGUCUAUUGUUAAGCAAGUUCUUCAACUUAUAUUAAUCGCUCUCGACACCUCAUUCCUGAUAGAAUCCAUCGCCACGUUGGUAUGACAGAAGAGAAGACAUUUUCCCUUUUAAAGCUGAGCGCCAAGCAAGGGAGCUACUGGUACCAUUUUUAACGUCUUUGGUUUGACACGGCCGGGGAUCGAACCCACAACCUUCCGCACUCAAAGUGGACGCUCCACCACUAGGCUCUCGAGUUUGUUGAAUAAUAAUUAUAUGGAUUUUAUGUACAUUAUCGUAGGAACAUUUUAAUGCAAUUUACUACAUAAAUUUACAUAAAAUCCAUAUAAUUAUACAAACCGACAUUGCAUACAAAAUACAAAGGAUUAGGACAAAUAAUUUUAUAUCUUUUAUGUCCCACUUGUGUCCUACGUACAUGUAGGGUACUUUUUCAUGAUAAGGAUAUUACUGUCUAUAUUUCAUGCCAACAAAUGUCGGAAUAAGCUCUGGUCGGUACCACCUACCAGCUCCUAAUCUAAGAAAUUAGCACGGUCCAUCAAUGUGUUAUGAGCUUAUCAGAAUUAGAGAAAUAGUAUUGUACAUUUGCUAGGAUUCGAACCUGGACCCUUGUGGGGACAGCGUCUAGUGCUGAAAUAAUUUUCAAGCUACAAUUCUCUUUCGGAUUUUUUUUUGCGGUAUCCUUUGCCAUAGGAAUUACAAACAUAGAUAUAAGAUAUGAUUACACAAAUUAAUAUGCGUAAUAUGUUUAUUGCCCUGUAACUCCAUAAGAAGUUUUGUAAUGAAAUCUCGAGUACUUUUUUGUCAUUUUCCAGAUAAACGACUGUCUGUUUGCCAAGGCCUUAAACACUUUUAGCAAUUUAGAAGAAUGACGUGAGUGUGAAACACGUAUUCUUAAUUAAACAUAGAAAUAUGAAAUAAAUCACUUUUCAAUAAGCAUUGCUAGGCUAAAUGAAAUUUAUACCUCUGUAUAAUCAUAGUAUUAUACUUUAGUUUAACAUAAUGUACAUGUACUAUCUGUUUAUUAAAUAAACACACACAUUUCAAUCAAUAUACUAUGUUAUUGAUAGGUUGUCGUAAUAACAUUAAUUCUGUAACUGAAUAAUUUGCCAUGACCAUGUCUCAAAAGCUAGAAGUAGAUAUCAUAAUGCAUUUACCAAUAAAAUAAAUUGUUCUUACACUAUGAUGGUUAAAAGCAUGACUGUAUAAUUACAUGGGAUUGGAUCAUGGCCUUUCGCUCUUAAAGAAGGGGUCCGGCCCAUGAUUGGAUUGUGUUUAUAUGUAGGUGAAUUGAGUUUAAUGACUUGUUAUGAAUUCUCUAAGACAAGGCUAUUCGCUCAAUAUAGGCUAGUACUUACCACCUACUAUUUUUAUAUGGCGUUUUAAGAAUGGAACUUUGAUGGUCAUUUUUUUAUUUUAUAAAAAUUUAAAUUUGUAUUGGUGCAUGGUGUAUAUUUUAGUGGCUGCCUAUAACUUGUUUGUUGUCAGGGUAAGGCUUCGCACCAUGUACUGUUCGCUACGAUUUUAACUUGUCGAAAACCAGGUCAAUAUAUGAAAAAGUGUUGAUGUAAUUUUAAUAGUUGAUGAUCUUAUCUAAGUAAAGACUUCAUGUGAAUGGGAAAAUCGUAAAUGGUAUUCUUUUUUGGUCAUAUAAUAUAAUACAUGUAUGUUGUUGUUUUUAUUUAGUUUUGCAGAUUAUAUAUUGCAACAUAUAAAUAAGAAGAUGAAACAGAACAGAUAGAUAUAAUUUACCAUUACAUCAUCGGCAAACAAUGUCAACAUCAACAUAGCACAUUGUAUCUCUAUUUUACGAUUAAACAAUCUUAUUUUAUUAUAGUCCAGUUUCUGAGGUUGUAGGACUAUGUAAGGGGCCCGUCUAUACAGAACAAGACGGCUAACCCAAAAAUUAUCAUUUCGACAAUAUCUUAAGAAAUGAGGGAAAGAACUUUCUUGAAAUUCAGCUCACGCUUCGAACAGUUUUAACAAAAUCUGAUAAUGACAUCAAAUAAAUUUGUUCAUUUUUAGCUCAACUUUUCGAAAUAAAAGUAGAGCUAUUGCACUCGGCCCGGCGUCGGCGUCGGCGUUGGUUAAAGUUUUUGAUAAAGUCAAAUAUCUCUGUUACUAUUAAAGCUAUUGACUUGAAACUUAAAACACUUAUUUACUAUCAACGUCUACACCAGGAGAAGCAAUCCCCAUAACUCUGAUUUGAAAUUUGACAGAAUUAUGCCCCUUUUUAACUUAGAUGUUUUUUGUUAAUUUUUUUUUAUUAAGCCAAUAUCUCUGUUAUUAUUAAAGCUUUUGACUUGAAACUUCAAAUAGUUAUUUACUAUCAAAGUCUACACCAGGAGAAACAAUCCCCAUUACUCUGAUUUGAAUUUUGACAGAAGUAUGUCCCUUUGUAAUCUGGAAAUUUUUUAACUGGCAAAGCUCUAAUUCAGAGUCAAGCACUGAGAAACGUCGCGAGCGCGCUGUCUUACGGACAGCUCUUGUACUACUUCAACCGUAUUAUGAAACAAGUCACAAAAAUACACUAAAAUAUCUAGAAUUUAGUUCUAUCGGUAAAGGUUAUGAACGGCAAAAAACAACAAAAUGACGUCAUUGUCAUACUCUGUCAAAAAAGAUCAUUUGAUAUUUGUUUGAUAUUUUACCAGUUUCGACAAGUAAAUCGGAAUCCUUAUAAAUGAUAUUCACCCAUUUUCUAAACACACAACAACUACGCUUCCUCUUGUGAUUUUUAAAACAUAGGACGUGGUAUUAAAAUAAAUAAAAUUUUAUCUCUGUGUUAUUCGAUAUUUUUUAUCUCUUAGCAUGUUAUUGCCGAUAUAUUGAUCUCAAUGUAUGAAUAGUUUUCAAAAAGUACAUGCAGAAAUUUUAGGAUAUUUGCAAAAGAGUAAAUUGCAGAUGUGGUGUUUUAUUUAGCAUAUAUGUAUCUCACUUCCUAUCCAGACGAGAAACCGUAUAAAAUUCAACAAGGACUUCCAACUCAAAGCAAGAAAUUUAGCUCGACUAAACACAAUUUAUUGAGAGUUUUCCUACUCUUCCUUGCGUUGCAUCUGUGUCCAGGUUCCUAGUUCAUUUUGAUGCACAUUCACUUAUCUCUUUGUCUCUGUUAUUAAUUUCGCGAUUUAAUUCAAACGUAAACCUAAUAUUGCAUGCAACAGAGGAUGAUGUUAUCAUUCUGCAAACAAAAAUUCUGCGAGAGACCAGGUAAAAGUGUUACAUAGAAAUGUAUAAAAUGGGAAGAAACUUUGAGCUGUCAUGGAUGUUAUAUGUAAAAUGUAUAAUUGUGCUCGUGCUUGUUUGAUGAAAGUCUGUAAUUCUGUAUUUAUGAUUGUCCAUAAUACUGUAAAGGACCGUUAACACUUUGAGGUAAGUUUUAAAUGAUUUAAGAGAACUUAAUCGAAUAUAACCAUCAUGUUAUCAUAAUUACUAUAUCUAAAGUAAUCUAACGUAUUUGAUUAUAUAUUCAAAAGAACUUCAUCAAUUAGUAAGCAGUUACAUUAAUUUGGCCCAUGCAACCGAUUAACAAUCUGUUACAUAUGACAACGAAUCGAUCACCAUGUUUGAUUGUUCGUAAGGAAAAAUGAUAAGAUUUCUUAAUAAAAAAAUCAUAUUUUCAUAUUCAUAUAUAUUCAUAUGACAUUAAGUAUAGGAAAUAAGACGAAAACGAUCCAAUAUGUAAAAUACUGGACUGUCCGAAGCGCGUAGUUCCAGUAUUUUACAUAUUGGAUCGUUUGAGGCUUAUAUCUUACUUAAAACAUUGUUUUAAUGACAUAACCAAUCAAAAAAUUACAUAUAAACCAUUGACGUAAAAUAUUUUUAAAAUAAUUCGGUUUUUAUUCAUUUUACCGCAUUUAAUAACAGUUGCUAUAUGAUUUAAAAUACUCUGUAGAUCCUCAUGACUAUUUUACGCACGUUUUUCUCAUAAUGCACGACUGCGUUUUUCUCGGGUUUCUCGCCUUCGUAAUAUUGGACUUUCGUUAGCCCGGGAUUCUCGUGAUGCUAUUGUGUUUACACAUGUACACUGAUGUACGGAAUAAACAGUAGUAUUCAUGAGUGGCGGCGAGAGGAAAGAAAUUUUGUGACAUUUUAGAAACAAAAAACUGGAUUUAUUUUAAUUCAUGGCAAGGAUAAAGUGAUUAUGUUCUUUUCAUUUAAGUGUGUACAAGGAAACGUUCUUUGUGUUAAAAUUUACAAGGGUAUGGCGGAUUAAGAUAAUGUUUCACUGAAAGCAGUUGGAGUCGGACAACUGGAGAAAAUGCAUGCUGCAUGUGCACUAAAUGAGAAAAUGGGUUAUUUGUUUACACGCCUGACAAUAUACUGUUGUGAUUUAUUAGUUCAAUGACAGUUUUUGUUGGGUUGUACAUGAAUUUGCCCGAAAAUCUUCAAAUUUAGUGCAAGAAGACUUACAGAACAGACAUUUUUUAAUAUAUUAUCGGAUAUAGCUACCAGGCUACUGGUAAGUCGAAAUCAUACUAAACUUGUGAUAUUAUUUUCGUUCCCUUUAAAUGGUUAAUAAACGAUGCAUAGUGGCGAGGCGGAAGCUGAAAACUAAGGAAAACUUGCUUUCAAUAUGAAUUUUAUUGAUGCACUCGAAGCUACCCUUAUUUAAGUAUUAUCAGGCUGGUAACAUUGCCUAACAUUUUACUGUGCUUUCACUUACAACUCUUUAAAAAAAUAAAAUAUUAGUUGUAAAAAAAAAGUGUUCAUACAUCUGCACUAGAAACAAAUCAUUCACCCUAAAUAUACUGAAUAAAGGUAUUGGUGCACAAGUUUGUAGCAAUAGAAAGCCAUUGAACCUUUUUCCGUUUUAACACUGCAUGAAAAACUAAUUUUAGGGCUUCAAAAAUUAUGCAUCAUAAAAAUCUGAAAAAAGAGAAGUAAUUCUAACAAAAACCGAAGGCAACAAAGUUAUUUCUAUCUUAACAUGCAUCAUACGUUAUGCUUAAUAAAUGGACCAAGUUUGAAAGAAUUAUCUUCAUUAUUUUUCAAGAAAUAUUAGUUUUUAUGUCGAAAGCCCGAUCGGGCAAUGUUACCAGCCUGAUGAUCACAAUGGAUGUUUAAUGUAGUCCCAACUGGAAUACUGAAAAAUAUAUUUGAUAUCAUUCACUUUGAAUCUAUUAGAUUUAUUUUCACUAACAUCUCAGUAGUUCAUAAAAUAGCAUAAAAUGAAAUAGAAUAUACGAGUACAAAAUUAAAAGAUAUUUCGACAAAACUAAGGUUCAUGCAAGUACAUGUGUCUCUUAAUUGCAGUUGUUUUUCUUUUUCAAUAGGCAAUCUCACAGACUGAACAAAUGUGAGCAAAUGCUUCACAAUGGCUUCAAACACAAGAAAUGAAGGCAAUUUAUUCUACGUAGGGUGCUAUAAACGUUUAUUUUUUUGAAAGGAACAUCCUGUUUUUUACAGUUUUUUUCAAUACGGAUGUAAUACUCAAAUAAACAUAAACUGUAACUGUCAAUACCCACAACAAAUCUAUGAGCUGCACCAUGAGAAAACCAACUGCGCAGUCUGGCCAGGAUCAAUGCUGUUCGCUUUCAAAGCCUACUGCAAUUUGACAAACUGUUAUCGAAAAAUAUGUAUCCUGACCAGACUACGUGGAUGCGCAGGCUGGUCUUGAUCCAUGCUGGCCGCAAACGCACUAUGUUGGUUUUCCCACGGCGCGGCUCAUAUCAUUUUCAGGGGUUUACAUGAACAUUAACGUGUAAGCAUUUGUUUAGUUUUUUUCUAUGUACAGAUGAACGGAUAAAUUCGGAAAAUGUGGAAUGUGACAUAACAAAAUAUCAGCUAUGGAUGCAAUGCUUCACUUAAUUUUCGUAAAUCGUGAAUUAUUAUUACUAUUAUUUUUGUUUCCCGAAGGGCGGGCACUUUGAUUGACACUUUGUCCGUCUUUCCGUCCGUCCGUCCGUUGUAUCACUUGAAAAGUAUUAACGGCAUUUUAUUAAAAUUUCACAUAAUCACAGAGCAAUCAAAGAGCAGUGUCAAAGAACCAUAGCUCUAGCUGUUGGAUUAUCUCCCUUUAUUAUACAAAAAAAAGGCUUGUCCGGAGCAUUACUUGAAAAAUAUUAAUGACAUUUCAUUUAAACUUAAUAAAAUCAUAAAGGCCAUUGACAGUACGGCCUCUAAGAACUAUCAUGAUUGGUCUUAUAAAACUGCUUUUUAACAGAGAGCAAUAAAUUCUUGCACAAUUUUUAAAACUGGAAGCGUGAACAAUAUUGAAGAAAUUGUUGCUCUAGGAAGUCAUCGUUUAGGGAGUAAGAUUACGUUGACGCAUGCAGAAUAUGUAUAAUGCUAUUUUUAAAAUUUUGCGAUUUUGUCCAGAUAUAUUAUGCACUAGAUCUAUACAUAAAAUUUAAUUUUGAUAUUAAUUUUCCUUUUUAUUAUCAGUACUGUGUUAUUUUAUUGGACUGCUUUCAUUUGAUUACAAUAUUUCUAUAUGGAAUUACGCUACAUGUAUUGAUAAAUAUUGGUCUACACGAAGACAUUGAUUCUGUAUAUAAAUCGUUUUCCUCGUGCAAUCCAAUAUUAAAUACACAGUCCAAUAUUAAAAUAAUAUUGGACUCCACGUGAAAAAUACUGUACUAAGUCCCAUUGAAAGCAGUCCAAUAUUAAAAAUACAGUACAGCGAGAACAAAGGAGUGACGUCAUGACAAUGUUUUAAGGCAUUAUAAACAUUUAAGGAGCUUUCAUUUCGAACUCGAAGUACUGAUAUUAUGUCGAUAUACAGCACAUCUGCGUUUGUUAAUACAAUAAAAAUCAUACUUAACUGUAAAUUUUCGUUUUAAGUAAUUUGAAGUAACUCAGCUUGUAACUUCAAUAUUACAGUUUUCAGACGAUACAACGUUCAUGUUUUAUUGCAAAGAAUAUUGUUCCUCUUAUAUAAUUUAGUUCGUAAACGACAGUGAGACAAAAUAUAUUGAAUUCUUACAUGAUGUUUUUUGUUUUGUCUUUUAUAUACUACGUUUGAUAGUUGCUUUUACAAUGAUAAAGCUUAUAUAAUAU